UUUCAAUUGUUUUGCUGAAUUUUCCAACGUCAAAAUCCCCAAUCAAUAGUCUUCCUUCACACGGAUUAUGCAUCAAAAUAUCUCACCUACUCCUCUUAUCUUGUCAUUAAAUAUCUUCCUAGCAAGUAGCACCUAUUUCUCUCCUCUUCUCUCUUAUCCUUCUGAAAACUAGGAAGAUGACUGCCGCAUGGCUUCCUCUGUACACGCCCAUUGUUGCAACAAAAAUACAGAAUCCAACUCGAAGAAAGUUGGGAUCGUACAACUUUUCAUUUUCCAAGAUGCUUUAUGGCAAUACUUUGGCAUGCAGGGCAGGUUCUUCAAUAACAGACUUUGAUCUUUAUGAUCUUCUUGGCAUCGACAACACCUCCGAUUCAUCGCGGAUUAAGGCAGCGUACCGUGCGCUCCAAAAGCAGUGCCACCCCGACAUCGCCGGUCCUGCUGGCCAUGACAUGGCUAUCAUUCUCAAUGAAGUGUAUUCAGUUCUUUCGGAUCCUAAUUCUAGGUUGGCUUACGAUAAGGAGCAAGCAAAAAUGGCAGAACUUCGAGGUUACACAGGGAAGUCGGUUUAUUCGGUAUGGUUGGGAUCGGAAAGCGAACAAAGGGCGGUUUUUGUAGAUGAAGUGAAGUGCAUUGGCUGCUUGAAAUGUGCUUUAUUUGCUGGGAAAACUUUUGCUGUCGAAUCUGUGUAUGGGAGAGCUAGAGUUGUGGCGCAGUGGGCUGAUCCUGAAUAUAAAGUGAUGGAGGCCAUUGAAGCUUGCCCAGUUGACUGCAUUUCGAUGGUGGAAAGGUCAGAUUUGGCAGCCCUUGAGUUUUUAAUGUCAAAGCAACCACGUGGAAAUGUAAGAGUUGGAAUGGGCAACGCAGCUAGUGAAAGAGUGUCAAACAUUUUCACAGACGUGAAGAAGUUCCAAAUCAGAUUCAAGGAAGCUAUGGAGAAGACUUCAAACCAGCAUGUCAAGGGGACAACCUUCGAGAACAAAGCACAGUUGUCUGCAAUUCAAGCCAUCAGAUCAAUCUCAAAUUGCUUAUUUUGGCAGACAGCCACCGGAACAAAACACAGUCAAAACCUGAUGCUCGUCGUCAACAAAUCCACACCACAAAUCAACAAACUUCAAGCUGCUAUUACUGCAAGGAAGCAACUCAAGGCAAAAACCGAAGACAAAAAUGAAACUACAACAAAAUACAUAAAGGACGAUUACUGGGUUCCGACCACCCUUGCACUUCCAGUCUCAACUCAAACUCCAAUAAGCACAAUCUCAAAUCCAAGGGUGGAGACCAAACGUAGCAAAGAAUCAAAAGACCUUGAUUUUGAAGUGGGUGGUGGUGAUCAUACUAGCCCCAUGAGAUUGGCAUUACCAGUCUUGAUAUCGAUAGUUGCAACCAAUGUAAUCCAGCAAAUGGUGACAGAUGAUGGUGCCAGCGGCUUUAAGGAACACAUUGGAGGUUCUGUGGCACUGGAGUUAGUUAAUAGUCAUUGGAUGCAGCUUAUACAAAGAGGAGUCACUUGGUAUGUCAUUGGAAUAGCAGUGAUAGGAAUGGUCGAAAUGAUUGCAAGAAAGAUUAGGCAUUGAAGAAUUACAGAGA